AUGUUCCAAGUUAUCGAUGAACAAGACGAUAUAGUAUCUUCUCUAAAUGUACAUACUAAUAACAAUAAAACUAUAAUAACUACCACCAAUUGGAAGGGAGAAUUGAGACUCUAUGAUGCAGAUAAUAGUAACACAACUACCACCUCUACUAAUAAACCAUAUCUUAUAGACAAUUUACAAUUUAAAUAUCCUUUGUUAUCGUGUGAUCCUAUAACUGCAUACAAAUAUUAUCUAGGUGAUGUUCAAGGCAAUAUCAUACAUUUAGACUACAAUUAUGAUACCCCUGUAGUUAACACAAUAACCAAGAAUAAAAAUGCAGUAACAUCCGAUAAAGCUUUAGGUAUUUGUAGUAUUAAAAACGAUCCUCGUUUAUCCUUACUUAUAACGAGUUCAUGGAAUGGUGUGAUUAAUCUCAUUGAUUAUAGAACAGAUUUAGUUGAAAAUUCCUUACAACUUACACUUGAUAGCAACAGUACAAAUAAUCAAAUACAAAAACAAUGUAAGAUAUUCAAUAUGGACUACAAUUCGAAUAGUAAUUUACUAGUUUCAACAAUAACCAAUAACCUAGUUGAUAUACGAGAUAUUAGAAAAUUAGAUACACCCUAUCAGUUGAGAGAAAGUGGCUUGAGAGAUCAGGUACGAGAUCUGAAAAUAAUGCCAAAUGGCUCAGGGUUUGCACAAAGUUCAAUGGCUGGUAGGGUGGCUAUUGAAUAUUUCAAUAAUAAUGAUAAUUGUAAACUGAAAUAUGGUUUUAGAUGCCACAGAAUUAAUUUAAAAGACAUGGAUUUUGUGUAUCCUGUUAACUCCAUCUGUUUUGGUGGAGUAGGUACAGCGAAUAGCACACCUCAUGGCAAUAAUAUUUUAUAUACAGGUGGAAGCGAUGGCGUUGUUAAUAAAUGGGAUUACAUUAAAAAAAAAAAAUUGAAAACGUUCAAGAAUUUCAAUAUAGCCAAUACAGACAAUGAAAAUAAUAUUCAAGUCAAUAAUGACAACCAAAGUGUUGUCAAAUUGGCCUGUAAUGAAAAGUUUUUAGUUGUAGCCACGUCAGAUGAUUCUUAUAAAACAUAUCCAUCCAUUAUACCAAAUGAAGAUGGUUUGUUUUUGAGUAAAAGCAAAAUCUACAUGCAUCACAUUUAA